CCAGUGUAGACACGCUAAAAUUAGAAAAGGAAAAAAAGGGUGUAGACUCACUGGAGGAGUGGAGGUGGACUUUUCUGUUAAUUAAAAGGCUAGUAGCUUAACAGAACGCAGAACGGUCGAGCCGAGAAACAAUAGCAUCCAAUCUCAAUAGCACAAAGCUAAGCUCAGUAUUCGCUUUUCGUUGUUCGUAGUAGCAAGCAGAAGCGGCUGAACGAUUUCUUCUCUUCUGAAUUUUAUUAAGAUUUCGAAUCCCUGAUUUUGUAUGCAUUAAGCUGGUAUGGAGACUGGCGGUCCUAGUUCAGCGACAAUAGAUAGAUUAAGCUCUCUUCCAGGCAAUGUGAUAGAUAACAUUUUAUCAUGUUUGUCAACAAAAGAAGCUGCGAGGACAAGUUGCUUAUCCAAGCAUUGGAAGGAAAAAUGGCAUACAGUGUCCUGUAUUGUACUUGAGGAGAAAAUGUUGAGUGAAAGAAUGCAAUCGCAGAUUGAGGGCAUCAUCACUUAUAUUCUGACCAAACAUGCUGGAGACAUCGAGAUUUGCUCGCUUUCUGUUGGCACGGUGAAGUUUUUCUACGAUAUGAAAUCAUGGAUGUGGCGGUUAUCCCGAAAGUCUGUUCAAGAACUCACCCUUAAAGUUCAAAGGGGUACUCGUCAUGAUGUGCCCUUGGAUUUGUUCUUUUGCGAACAACUAAGGCACUUGACCCUUCGUUAUUUUCUGUUCAGACCCCCAUGUACUUUUCGGGGGUUUAGGAAUCUCGUGAACCUUGAUCUUAAGAAAAUAACUAUAUCAAAAGAAGCCCUUGAAAGUCUGUUGGCUAGUUGCCCACAGCUUGAGACACUGAUCGUGAAGAAAUUGAGCUGCGUUGAUCAUCUUCAUAUCAACGCUUCUAACCUUAAGUACUUGAGCUUUGGUGGAGAAUUCAAGUCCAUGUGCUUCAAUACUCCUCUUCUUGCUGUUUUGUCUUUAAAUAUGUACCGAAUUGUGUCUGAGCAGAACAACUUCGAUUUAAGAUUCAUAAUCCGUGGACUGCCUCCUGCUAUUGAGGAGCUCUACGUGCGGUGUCCUUUUAAGAAGUUCUUGGCUGCAGGGAAUAGACUGGCUCAGGUCUCCACUUGUUACAACAAUGUUACAACUCUUGGAUUGGAUGAAUUCUGCUUCAAGCAGAUGGACCAAGUCUCGUGUCUUCUUUCCUUGAUUCAAUGCUUCCCUAACUUGCAAUUACUUGAGAUUAAGGCCUGUAGCUGUGAUAAUGAAGCUGCACAAGCUGCUGUUUUAGAGUUCUGGGAAGAAGAUAAGCAUCCCACGUGUUCCUUGGACCAAUUGUGUAAUGCAAGGGUGAGGUCAUUCCACGGUGACGACUCUGAAAUGAGGUUUAUCAAAUUUGUGAUGGCAAAUUCGCCGAAGCUGAAUGAGAUGACUGUUGAACCCAUCAUCAAUCCGGACUAUAACGAAAUAGUGAUUAUUGCACAACUGAUGGAUUUGCCACAAGCCUCAGAGAAAGGAAAAGUCAACUAUGUCGCCUACAACCCUCACGUGAACUCAGGCGAUUUCUCGGAUGAAGAUGGCGACAGCUCGGAUGAUGCCUACUCUUCAGAAAGCGAGUAGCUCGGGAGUGCUGCUGGCAGACAGCCUCUGCAAUAAAAUAGCAUGACUUAUUUAGCUAGGCAAUGGUUGUGAUUAUCAGGUUUGGAUUUGCAGCGCCCCCCCAUUAUUCAUUUUUAAGUCCAUUUUCUAUAUGCGUAUGGACAAAGAAAGAACAGAGGGAGAAGAUCUCACCUUUGGGGAGGUAUGGGGAGCGAGUGAGUUCAUUGUUUCCCCUAUUUGUUCUUCAGCUCUUUGCUUCUGAUAUUUGGUGCGUGAUUGUGUGAAUAUCUUUACUGGAACACUACACAAUGCAGCUUAAGUAUUUCCCCUAUGUUAUGUUCACCCAAUUGCUUCAUCCUGUAUAUCCUAGUUUAGCUUGCAUCACUUUCAUUGAAUGGAUGACUUCGUUGGCU